GUGUCGCUGGAUGACUUGUUUGCUCAUAAUUGGGCUCCUAGCAACUCUGGGAACACGCAGAAUGGAGCUUACUUUGGUCUUGCUCCAUUCUCGCUAGAUCGAUCCAUUACCUAUGAUUCCAUCCAAUCCAUCGAAAACCAAGCUACGACCGCAGACUGGUUACAAUUGCAUGGCGCGCCCCCUAUCCAAACGCCACCCAUAGCACCUGCCAUAUCUUUUGCUGGUCACGAAGUCUCAGAAGAUAUCAACAGCUUUUCACGUAAAUUGCAGACCGACAAAGUGAUACAGGUUCUGCGGGAGUAUCCAACAUUACUGGCUUCCGCAGGUUACUGUACACCGCUUCUACAUCGCGAGCUUCACAACAUGUCGACUCCAGAGAUAACAGCAUUACCAAGAACAACGACAGCAAUCUUGUGUGCGCUAGGCUUUGGAAGCAACAGCAAUACAUCCUUCAUGAAACGUGCAAUCUCUACUGAGCGACAGCGUCUUGUCGAAGGANUGUGUAAGUGCCGCGCCUUCAUCUCGCAAGUGGCGGUGCUAAGCUGCCACACACAGCCAAAAUACUCUUGUAUCGAGGAGUGGGAUACCCUCCAUGCUAUGUGGCUUUAUGAGAUGAUGGAACUGCCCGAUGCUAGCAUCAGUAUGGAUGACAUGGCUAGUGGGAGAAACCGCACGCAGAACAAUAUUCCUCGCACAUAUUGUCAACUACUUCGCCACAAAAGACCCCAAGACUGG